AAACCUUGAGUAGGUGAAGUUAUUGUUAUUUGCAUAGAUAAUCCGAUAUGUCAAACAGAUCUGGUAAACAUUCAAACGUAGCUAUACUAUAGUGUGUAUGGGAACCAGCCCGUGGUCUUGGAUUUUCUUGAAAAUGAGAAAGUUCUUCCUCAACUGUUAACUUCAACAUGGCUGUCAGGGCAUCUUUCGAGAAGAACAACGAAAUAGGCUGCUUCGCCAAAUUAACAAACACAUAUUGCCUAGUUGCAAUUGGUGGGUCAGAGAAUUUCUAUAGUGUCUUUGAAGGCGAGUUGUCAGAAACCAUCCCAGUUGUACAUGCCUCAAUAGCAGGAUGUCGGAUAAUUGGAAGAAUGUGUGUGGGGAAUCGUCAUGGACUCCUGGUGCCCAACAACACUACUGACCAGGAGCUGCAGCACAUUAGGAAUUGUCUUCCAGACACUGUGAAGAUCCAGAGGGUCGAGGAGCGUCUCUCAGCACUGGGGAAUGUCAUAGCCUGUAAUGACUAUGUGGCCCUGGUGCAUCCUGAUCUGGACAGGGAGACUGAGGAGAUCCUGGCGGACAGUCUGAAGGUGGAGGUGUUCCGUCAGACAGUAGCAGAGCAAGUUCUAGUGGGGAGCUACUGUGCCUUCAGCAAUCAGGGGGGACUGGUACACCCCAAAACCUCCAUAGAAGACCAGGAUGAGCUCUCCUCCUUACUCCAAGUGCCUCUGGUGGCUGGAACAGUGAACCGUGGUAGCGAGGUCAUCGCCGCAGGGAUGGUGGUAAAUGACUGGUGUGCCUUCACUGGGCUGGACACCACCAGCACAGAGCUGUCCGUCAUCGAGAGUGUGUUCAGACUGAGCGAGGCGCAGCCCAGUGCAAUCGCUACCACGAUGAGAGACUCUCUAAUUGACAGCCUCGCAUAAGAUGCCAUUCUGCCUUCAAUGAAAGGUUUGAGUCAUCCCUGAAAAUCUGUUGCAGAACACUUGCUGUCAUUUGAUAUUGUUAACACCUUCCACGUUUAGUAUUGGAAAUUUGUAUGGUAUGUCAUUGCUAGACUUCCCAAUUCCUUAAAGAGAUCCGGUACUAGGAAAUGAUUUUUUUAACCUCCCGCUUUGGGCUGGAUGUGUCAGUGUAGAUCAUGCAUAAUAUAUGAGAAGAAUACUUUCUUACCUCAAUUAGCCACGUAAUCCUUAGUUUGAAAGCGACUUUUCUUGUAGGUGUGCUGCACCAUUUUCCUUACAUGUUCCCCCAUAUGGGCCAGCACCCUAGCAAUUGGAGUUCUAGAUUGAUUCCCCCCUCAUCUGUAGAUCGAUGAGGGGGGAAUACUAUUUAAUCCAUUUUAGAUCAAGGCUAUAAAGUUAACAAUGUGGAAAAAGUCAAGGAUCUGAACUUUCCGAAUGUACUGUAUGUGACGUAGUACGCAAUUUUCGGGGACUACUUUUGGCUACUUUCAUAAGUACCGGAAAAUCUCUAACUUUGUCCAAUUACCAUGUUUGGUUAUUGAAAUGUCGAUUUUUCUGUAAAACAGCAUCAUAACAUGUACAAUUUGAAUGCCAGGUUUUCGUUCAUCGUUUUUUAACCAUUUUUGAAACUGGUGUUACGGUGGUUUCCUUGCUGUGGGAAACUAGAGAAAUGUUAAUGUUCCCAAUGUGAAAUGGAAAAUGUACAUUAAGUUUGUCUGCAAAUCAAUUACAUUUAAGCCUUGCAUGGCAAACACGUGGUUGAGAUGUAGAGAUAUUCCCUGCUGAUUUUUUUGCAAUAUACAAAAAAUGGAUUACCCUAUAGGAUCAUGUUGUAUUUGUCACACUAUCUGUUUCUUAUUGACAAUUGAUCUUUGAUUUUCUUACCUUGACCUUGAAUGAGACUGUGGUUGUGGUCAAACCUUUGAGUGAUGACAUUAUUUUAGGGCUGGAUUGAAUCGGUUGCGCCGAAGAUCAGCGUUAUAGCAUGAUUGAAAUUUUAAAGGUAAUAUUUCCAUGUUCGUGGAGACUGCAUAAGUUAGCGCUAUUGGAAAUCGCACUAUAGCGCUGAACUUCAGUAAUAUGGUUUGAUAAA